AUGCUACAAGAACGAGCCAACCGAAAAAUCAAGCUGCCUCCAUCAAGUGUUGCCUCCCCCUCGACAGCCAGGGCAACGGCCAUCCUCCUCAAGAAUCCUCUUAACAAACACAGCCUAAACCCGCAAGUACACGGGAGAAAACUCGAAUCUGUACAAUCGAAAUCCUCAAAGCAUAUCGGGCAUGAAGUGGGGUCCGGCCCAACAUUCUUGCAUCCCCAAACCGAACCUCGUCCAAAGUGCAGCUCUGAAUUCAAGGGUAAGCUAUACUGCUUCGAAAGAUUAGGCAAGUUCUGGGGGCGGCAAGUAUCGUCUGGCCGCCAAGCACAGCGAUUGACCAAAAUACCCUUUUUCCCUCCAUUCUCCGAGCGCGCGCUUAAAUUAUCGACCCCCAUAGCAGUUUCAUGCUUUGGUGAGGGUUCACCCUUAGUGCUCUGCAAAUGCACUGGUGGGACUUCGUGA